ACCAACCCAAACAACCAAAUCACUAUGAAGUUCCUCAUCGGCUUGAUUCUCUGCAUCGCCGCCGCCCAGGCUGGUUACCUCGCAUCCCCGGUGGCCACUUAUGCCGCUGCUCCGGCCUACGCCGCCACCUACUCCGCUGCUCCCGUGGCCUACGCCGCUCCUGGAUACUCCACCUAUGCCGCUCCAGGAUACUCCACCUAUGCCGCUCCUGGCUACUCCACCUACGCCGCUGUCGCUCCCUCCUAUACCGCCUACAGGGCUCCCUUGGCCUAUUCCGCUCCGGUUGCCACCUACGCCGCUGGCCACGCCUUCGCCGCCCCCAUCACCACCUACUCCGCUCCAGCCGUCGUCAGCUCCUUCCUGAAGAAGAAGUAAACAGGACUACCCAGCAAAGCUAAACGACCUUUUCACACGAUUCGAAACAAUAUUAUCACUUGAAUGAAAUAUACUACAAAAAAUUGAGGUAGUGCGAUUUUAUCUGAGA